AACUGCGCCUGCACACUUCAUUUCAGUAGGAUUGCUAGGACACAUGUUCAGUACAACGAAGGAUUUCAUAGGGAAACCCGCUCCGGCAAACUAUGUUGCUGGUCUCGGAAGAGGAGCCACAGGAUUCACUACGCGUUCUGAUAUUGGUCCAGCUAGAGAACCACAGGAGCCAACAGAAGCACAGAAAGCCGCGGCAAUAAAAAAGGCAGAAGAGGAUGACGACGAUGAACGGUUUCAAGAUCCCGACAAUGAAGUGGGUCUGUUCUCCGGAGCUCCCUACGAAGAAGAUGACGAAGAAGCCGACAAGGUUUGGGAAAUGAUUGACGCAAAAAUGGAUGAACGCAGAAAAGCAAGAAGAGAAGCUAGAGAGAAGGAGGAAUUAGAAAAGUAUCGAUCCGAACGUCCAAAGAUUUCACAGCAAUUUGCAGACAUCAAGCGAACGUUGUCUACAGUUAACGAAGACGCAUGGAACGCUAUUCCUGAAGCUGGAAAUUUGACCGGCAAGGCAAAACGAAAACAACCAAAAAUGGAUCGAUUUACUCCCGUCCCUGAUUCUGUUUUAGCGGCUUCGAAGGAGAAAAACCAGCUUGCCAACACAAUCGAUGCCACGGACCAGUCACUCGGAGGCAUUGCUACUCCUAGCCUCGAUAGUGGUAUGAUGACGGAUUUUAAGCAGAUUGGUGAAGCACGCGACAAAGUUCUAGGAUUGAAACUAGAUCAACUUUCUGACUCUGUUUCUGGCAAGACCAAUAUUGAUCCCAAGGGAUAUCUCACUGACCUGAACAGCGUUGUGUUAAAGAGUGAUGCAGAAAUUGGAGAUCUCAAGAAAGCUAGACUACUACUCAAUUCUGUCAUCACCACCAAUCCAAAACACGCACCAGGAUGGAUUGCCGCCGCAAGACUGGAGGAAGUUGCCGGUAAAAUAGGCACAGCGAGAACGAUCAUCGCCAAGGGUUGUGACGAGUGUCCUAAGAAUGAGGAUAUUUGGCUUGAAGCCGCAAGAUUGAACACAAAAGAUAAUGCUAAGAUCAUUCUUGCUAACGCAGUUCGACAUAUACCACACUCCGUCAAAAUAUGGCUCAAGGCAGUGGAUUUGGAAACUGAACCCAAUGCUCAAAAGCGGGUACUACGACGUGCACUCGAAUUCAUACCUAAUUCACUCAAACUUUGGAGAGCAGCGGUCAAUAUGGAAGAUAAUCCGGCCGAUGCCAAGGUGUUAUUGUCACGAGCUGUCGAACUUGUUCCCCUGAGUGUUGAACUCUGGUUGGCGCUAGCUCGAUUGGAAUCUUACGCAAAUGCUAAAAAAGUACUCAACAACGCACGCAAGAGCAUCCCCACAUCACAUGAAAUAUGGAUCGCAGCUGCGCGACUAGAAGAACAGCAAGGUAACGAAAAGAUGGUGGAAACCAUCAUACAACGUGCUGUCAGUGUCCUUAGUGAAAGUGGAACGGUCAUGGAUCGAGACCAAUGGUUAGUGGAAGCUGAAUCCUGUGAGAAGACAGGCGCUAUCGGCACUUGUCAAAUAAUUAUUCGCGCAACCAUCGGUCUCGGUAUUGAAGAUGAAGAUAGGAAGAAGACAUGGAUGGACGAUGCUGAAAGCUGCAUUGCUCAUGGGUCUAUUGAAUGCGCAAGGGCGAUCUAUGCCCACGCCCUCAAGGUAUUUCCAGAGAAGAAGUCAAUUUGGAGACGUGCAGCGUACCUCGAAAAGGGACAUGGCACCAAAGAAUCGUUGGAGGAGUUGCUUCAACGCGCUGUCAAGUAUUGUCCUCAAGCUGAAGUUCUAUGGCUCAUGGGCGCAAAAGAAAGAUGGCUAUUUGGAGAUGUGGAGGGCGCUCGCGCCAUUAUCCAUCAAGCAUUUACAGCCAACCCCAACAGUGAGCAGAUAUGGCUGGCGGCUGUCAAACUGGAAAGUGAAAACGACGAGCCUGAACGUGCACAAACUCUUCUUAAAAACGCCCGAGAAAAGUCUGGAACAGAGCGUGUUUGGAUGAAAUCAGCGGUGUUUGAGCGUCAAUUGAGAAACUUUGAAACAGCUCUCUCUCUCCUCGAUGAAGCAUUGGCUAAGUAUCCCACAUUCGAUAAACUAUGGAUGAUCAAAUCCCAAAUUGAGGACAUGGAUCUCAACAAUCAAGCAAAAGCCCGUGAAACUCUCAACAAAGGUGUGAAAGCUUGCCCCAAGAGCGUGACCCUUUGGAUACUGCUUGCUCGAUUGGAAGAAAAGUCAGGCAUGCUUGUCAAAUCAAGAUCUACUCUAGAAAAAGCUCGAUACACCAAUCCCAAAACGGCCGAGCUGUGGGUUGAAGCAAUACGCAUCGAAAACCGUGCCAACAAUGUCAACGCUGCUAGAAACCUCGCCGCCAAGGCGUUGCAAGAAUGCCCAACGUCAAGCCUGUUGUGGUCUGAGAUUAUUUACAUGGAACCACGUGCUCAGCGAAAAUCAAAGAGCGUAGAUGCUUUGAAAAAGUGCGAACAAGACCCAUUGAUUGUAACUGCAGUGGCUCGAUUAUUCUGGACAGAGAGGAAGAUUGACAAGGCUCGAGACUGGUUUCAAAAGGCUGCCAAGAUUGACUCUGAUCAAGGCGAUGUGUAUGCAUGGUGGUAUCGCUUUGAGUUGCAGCAUGGCUCAGAGGAACAACAAAAAUUUGUCGUCGAGAAGUGCAUUGCAGCAGAACCACAUCAUGGUGAACGAUGGCAAGCUGUGGCCAAGAAUAUAUAUAAUUUUGGAAAAAAAACAGACGAAAUCUUGAAAUUAGUAGCAGGUAGUUUAGAGGGCCAGUAGGAUUUGACAAAAUAAACAUCAGGCUAUAAUUACCUAUUGAUAGAGUACAAUGUAAACAGCAACUGGGAUCCGAAGU